AUGGCGGAGCCACCUGCAAAACGCGCUCGACGUGUUGAUAGUAGCGCUAUGUGGGAUUCAAGCGACUCAAGAGCUCGCUCACCAGAUGCAGCCUCAGACCAAGAUCGCCGACGCCCACCACCCCGAAAUGACCGACGCGACGGUCCUCGAAACGAUCGUCGAUUCGACCAGGAAGAUAGACGGCGAGAACGGAGCUGGUCUCGAGAUCGCCGUGACAGGAGGGACAGAGAUACUAGGGACGGACAUGGUGCCAGGGACCGGAAGAGGAGUACCAGCCGAGAGCGUGGUGGCUACAAUGAUAGACGAGGAUAUGCAUCAAAGGGCGACAAAUUCCGCGACCGUUCCCGCUCACGAUCUCCCGCUCGAAAUGGCAAGGCCCGGUCGAGGUCCAGAUCCCCUCCCCGAGGAUACAAAGGGGAACGUCGCUCUGAACACAGAGACCCUCGAUCUCGAGAUGAUGGUCGACAUGCAAAUGGCUCCGGGCACAGCAAAGAUGAAAUGGACGUGGAUUUCAAGGAAGAUGCCGACGAGGACGAAUUCGAGGCUAUGAUGCGGAAGAGCAUGGGUUUCACGCGUUUCCGGACUACAAAGAACACCAAGGUACCGGGCAAUGAUAUCUAUGGCGUGCGGAAGGAGAAGAAGAUCGAGUACCGCCAGUACAUGAACCGUACAGGAGGUUUCAACCGACCUCUCAGUCCGUCACGAUGA